UUGUUUCUAUACCGAUCUGGUGAAUGUGAGCAUGUGUGUGCGCGGUUUGUUGAGUAGACUGACAGCGGUUUUGACAGCAGCAUCAGCAACAGCAACAACAUAAGCGAAUAUGUAUUGAACAAAAAAAAACAUACAUUAACACGCGAAGAGGAAUAGUGUGAGCAAGAGAUCAAGACAUACAGAAAGAGAAAGAAAAGACAAAAAUCACACGAUAGAAAAGAACUAGUAGGCAAAAAUCUGAAUUAGCGCACACAAGCGCAUAAAGGCGAAGACGAUCGCAGAAGGAGAGAGGGACACUGUCGUUGUACCAAGAACGAGUCGUCAUAUAAUAAUAGUUUAAACAAUAUACACACGCACUCACACAUCCAAAAGAACGUAGUAACGAGCACCCAUUUGAGCUAGCAACUGGAAGGCUGCGAGGUUGUUUUGGGGUUGGUUGGCACUGAUUCCAAUCACAAAACCCUCAUCCCCCACCACCGCCCAUUCCAUCACGAUCGGCGACCUUCACGUGUUGUCUGUUCGAUGCGUAUUGUUGCAAACCGUGAGCUGCACUUGCACUUGUCCGUUCCCAUCGCGAACGCCACCAACACCACCACCACCACCAACCAGUGAUCGGUUCCCGUCUCUCAUGGAGAGAUUCUCUAAUGCUACAUCAUAAUUGCUGCAUACCGACAUCACGAGAUGCGAUACAUAACAAGGAACUUUAACGCCUUCGCCUGCUGCUGUUCGCUGUUGCUCCUACCAUUAGGGGGGCUGGCUGACGCAGAAAGAGGCGGUGCUGAAACCCCGGCGAAGGCACCCAUCCACCAGCAUCAGCACCAGCCACAAUCAGCCUACCAGCAACCACCGAAUAGCAACAACAAACUCCAUCAACCAACGGUUGCAUCCCACCACCAUCAACCGUCUCAGCACCUUCCGGAUGUACCGCCGGCCCAUUACCAUCAGCAGGUGCCACCGCCCGCGCCGCCACCCUCACCGCCACCGUCACCGGUCCCGGAUCGGGCCCUGUCCCGUCAGCAACCGUCGUCGCUUGCCACCUCGCCACAACCGUCCGCCCAGCAAUCGUCCCGACCGCUCGAAACGCGCAACUCCUAUACCGUGCUGAGCCAAGCGAUGUCCCAGGCAGUGCACCACGAAUUCGGCACGUACGGUAGUGGGGCGAUGGCAGGCGUGGAGGCCUGUACCAUCGACGACAUUGACUGUCUGGCGCAUCACGACCAGCUCGGCAUGGAGGCAAUCCGAUCGCUGCAUCGGCAGCUCGAUGAUGACGAUAACGGAGACAUCGAUCUAUCCGAAUCUGACGACUUUUUACGAGAAGAACUGAAGUACGACUCGGGGUACGAGAAGCGACACAAGGCAUUCCACUUCAACGACGACAUGCACAUCUCGGUGAAGGAGCUUUGGGAGGCUUGGUUACGGUCGGAGGUGCACAACUGGACGGUGGAUCAAACGACCGAAUGGCUGGCGCAAAGCGUCCAGCUACCACAGUACGUACAUUUAUUUCGUUUGCACAAAGUUACCGGGAAGGUGCUGCCCCGGCUGGCAGUCAACAACAUGCACUACGUGAGCAAUGUGCUCGGCAUCAAGGAUCCGAUCCAUAAGCAGAAGAUCGCACUGAAGGCAAUGGAUGCCGUGCUGUUCGGUCCGCCACGGGAAACUGGCACGCGGUGGAAAGACUUACUGCUCGUAACGCUGCUGCUGACCGCUAUCAUAGGCAGCUGGUAUGCCUAUCAUCAGAAUAAAAGCGCCAAAAUACACAUUCGCCGCAUGGCGAAGGACGUCGAGGGUUUGCUGAAGGCGGAAGUAGCGCUAAAAGAGAUGCAGAAGGAACUGGAACAAGCCCGGAUCGAGCAGGAAAACGUGGGCAAGGAAAAGAUGGACCUCGAACGGAGGCUCCGGGAAGCGCCGACCCUGUCCUCCUCCAGCUCCGAUCUGGAGCUGCAGCAGCUGAAACAAGAGAUCGAGGUGCUGCGGUCGGAGCUGAACCGGGCCGAGGUGGAAAUACACGACCACUGCUGGACGCCGCCGCAGGGCCUCCAGAGCUGGCUGCAGCUGACGUACGAGCUAGAAAACAAGCACCACAUCCGUAAACGCAUCAUGGCGGAGAAGCAGCUCGAACAGGCGCGGGAAGCGUGCGAAAAGCUGCGAAAGAAACGGUCCAGCCUGGUCGGUGCGUUCGUGUCGACGCACGGCAAAAGCAUUGACGAUGUCGACCGAAGUAUCGUGGAGGCGCGCAACGCGCUCAACGACGUGACGAACGAUCUGCAGGAGCGAAUGCACCGGUGGAAGCAGAUCGAAACGAUGCUCGGGUUUAGCAUCGUUAACAAUAGCGGUAUUGCGCAUCUGGAGAACCUGCUCUACAACCGCAACGGUGUCGCCGGCAAAACUUACCGAUCCCGACUGUCGAGUAGCCAGGACGAUCUGGACGAUGAUUCCGUGCAAGAAAUACCAUCCUUCCAACGCCAAUACAACGACGCCCGUAUGGUGCAUUACCGGCUCUGUGUGUGUGCUGCAUCCCGGAUGUGUUUCGACGACGGUUUUCCGGACGUAUUACUAUUUUGUUUUGUCGUGUUUUCAUUUUUUUUAUUAAGUGUUAAUUGUACCGCAUUUUACAGUGGUGGUUUAUUCGCCGAUUCUUUGUUACGUAUGUUAUUGUUUUUUGUGUUUUUCUUGUUCAAUUGAAAUGCUAUCCAAAUUGCUCCCUUGUUUUAUUUUUGUUUUUGGUUUUUAUUACGUCCUUUACGUUUUGCAUUAAUGGCCCCCUUUGCAACAAAAAAUAUUCCUUUCCCACCAACAUUUUCCAUCUUCCAUUACGCGUCCCGUCUUUUUUUCCCCUAUUUGAAGGGCAACAAAAAAGAAAAUGAUUACAUACGUUACAAACACACCUGUUAUUAUGCCAUAAUAUAUUCUGGUUUUAUCUGAAGAAAGAGCAGUACGAGAAGAAGCAAAAGCAGAAACACCAUUCUAAUAGGAAUAGCUUAUUCUGAGUAUUUAUAUCCGCGAUAUUUAGCUGCUUGUUAAUGCUUAAGUUAUAUGUUAAAAUUUGAAGUUAAAAUGCUUAAAUUGUGUUUUUCUUUCGUUUUGUUUUGGGUUUUGUAUUUUUACGUUAAGAGCUGGACGGAUACUGACGUUUUGCAACAGACGCUCUGUGAUGUUCCAAAGGCGGCUAAGAUAACCGUAGUGCGCUAAUACGCAACGAACGAAACGGAUUCGAUAUAGAAAAGCAAAGAAGCGCAAAGAAUCAUUAUUAUCAUCAGUCAUUAAUUUAUGCUCCUCACAACUGUUCCUGCCUCCUUCUUC